AUGUUCGCGAAGGCUUUCACCAUCGCUACUUUGGCUUCCUACGCCAGCGCCCACAUGAUCAUGGCCAACCCCAAGCCUUAUGGCAACCCAAGCAACAGCCCUCUUGAGGCUGAUGGAUCCAACUUCCCAUGCAAGGGAGCAGUCAACGAUGGCGCAUCAACCAACAGCUACAAGGCUGGCAGCACUCAACAACUCUCUUUCAUCGGUUCAGCCGUUCACGGUGGCGGCUCAUGCCAAGUCUCCCUCACCACAGACAAGAACCCGACCAAGGACUCUGUCUGGAAGGUCAUCCACUCUAUCGAGGGUGGAUGCCCCACGAGGAGCCAAGCCGGUAACUAUCCCGAGAAUCCCAAUUUUGAAGACCCCGACAAGUAUGACUUCAAGAUUCCCGAAGAACUGGCUGCUGGUGAUUACGUCCUCGCAUGGACCUGGUUCAACCACGUUGGAAACCGUGAGAUGUACAUGAACUGUGCCGCUGUUACUGUCCAGGGCGGGGGUGGCUCCAAAGGCUACUUGGACACUCUCCCUGAUAUGUUCGUUGCCAACGUUGGUAAUAAAUGCGAGACCCAGCCUAACACUGAUCUCGCGUUCCCCAACCCUGGCUCGUCUGUCAGCAAGCUCAAGUCCAAGCUCGACCCUCCUAAGGGUGAUGGCUGCCAGAAGCCUGGCUCCGGCUCCGGUUCUGGUGGCGGCGAUGCUGAGCCUUCCGCUCCCGCCGCGGCUCCCACUACCAACCCCGGUGCUCAGCCCAGUCAGCCUGCCACCACUCCUGUUCCUACCCCUGAUGCUGGCUCUGGUGAUGGUUCCAGCGGCGCCCCUGAGAUUCCCGGUGGUGCCUUUAUCAUUGUUUCUCAACCUGCUGCUGCUCAGCCUUCUGCUACUCAAGCUCCUGAAGCACCUGCUAAGCCUGAGACUCCCAACAAUGGUUCUGACGAAGGAUCCGGCUCUGGCGAAGACAAGAAUGGUGGUGGCAACAGUGGUGGUGACGCUGGCUCAGGCAGUGGUGGCUUUGCUGCUGGAACUGCUUGCACAUCAGAGGGCGAGUGGAACUGCAUCGGUGGUUCUUCUUUCCAGCGCUGCGCCAGCGGUACUUGGACCCCAUCUCAAGGACUAUCCUCUGGUGUCACUUGCACUCCUGGACAAGCUGCUGAUAUCAGCAUGACUGUCAAGCGAGGUGAGAGGCAGAUGCGUCGCUCUCAACGCCACCACGAUUAA